CAGAUGAGUCAAUGCUGAAAAUGCUGUGGAUAGUUUAUUUUAGUUUAUUUUAUUUUAUUUUAUUUCAGUUGCUCCAUGAUGUGGCGAGUCGCGUUUAUUUUUUUCUAUGUCCAGGCCAAAGUGAUGUCACAUGAAAUUAAAGUGGAGUGUCGUGAAUUUCAUAAUUUCCCUCCAACCAGUGAUACCUCUCCGUCUCUCCUGGCAGCUCUGAGAGUGGAGCAGGUGACAGUGGGACAACAAGAUAUGCUGAACAUCAGCUGGGCAAUCAGCAUUGAUGGUAGAAAACAACCACAUGAUGUUGUUCACUUUAGUAAUGUUUUGCUAAUGCAGCUAGUAUUGAACAUCUGAUGGGCACGUUGAUCAAGACGGGGGAAUCAUCGUACCUCUGCAAAUACAAGCCACAUUUAGGCAGAGCAGACAUCACUGCAUCAAAGCAGCAAUGGUUUCAUCAUUUAGUAAAAGCAAGCUAUGGCUCCAUUCUCAUCCAAGCUACCAAUCUCCCUUUGCCUCCGCUGGGGAGUGGCCCCUCUUAUAAGUAUGAAAGGAUUAUGGUAUCUCUUCAAAAACAGAGUGUUACACCAAAGUCUACUCAAGUUCCUACAGAUUACACUCCGGUUGAGAUCACUACUUCACCUUUGAGAACAGAACGUGUCACUGGAAUCAUUUUUGGAGGAUUGAUCGGUUUGAUGACCCUUAGUUUCUGCUACAUAAUCUAUAAAAGCUGUGGUGUCAACAUUGCCAAAUCAUUUGGUUUCAAAAGUUUACCACAAUCUCCCAUGGUUCCUGUCCCUGUGCUGGUGGUGUACCCUGCUGAGAACUCGGCCUUCCAGCGGGCCGUGGUGACCCUGGCAGAGUUCCUGCAGUGGCACGGCAGUUGUAAUGUUGCUAUCGACAUGUGGCAGCAGGGUAAAAUUGCAGAACUGGGGCCAAUGCGCUGGCUGGCAGAACAGGCCAAGGCUGCAGAGCGAGUGCUCAUCAUCUGCCCACAGCCCUCUUCACAGCCCAGCCACUCUUCUCCCGACUGCAGCCUCCCAGAACCCUCAAUCCCGGCUGCAGCUCAUGACCUUUACCCCCUCAUUCUCAACAUGGUGGCCGGCCACGCAAAGAGUGCCAGUGACCUGGGUAAAUUCUGGGUUGUUCAGCUGGCCGAGCAGAGCGACAAAAGGCCUAGUAACUUGUCGCUGGAACUGAGGGCCUGCAAGACGUUUUGUUUGAUGAAGGAUUUGAAGAAACUGUGCAGGAAACUUCACACUCACAGGAGUGACGAGAAGAAGAUAUCAGAUCUGAUCUUCAGACCAGGGAUUUCCUACAGUGAAAAGAGCACAAUGGAGUUAAGAGAAGCAGUAGAAAAGCAUUUCCAGAGAGGUGGAACUACUGGGACUCUGGUCACCUCUGUUUGAACAGCUGUAAUGAGAAUAUUUAGAUUGAUAUGGACAAUGGAUCAGAAUACUUUUUAUUAGUGAAUAGCCAAUUCUCCCAUUAUUCUUACUCUUUUGUAAAAUGUAAAAGAAUUUAUAUUUAGUUUUUUACAGAUGACAGACCUAUGCUUUUUUAAGUUAUCAAAACUUCUGUUUAGACACAGCAGGGCUGAUACAUGUCUUUUUUUUCAUUUUAUUUAGUUUUUCUAGUGGUGUAGGAACCCGCCUCAAACACACAUUGAUAGUUGUUCAUCUGUUGUCAUCAUCAUGUACAAAUUGUAAACAGCCUCAAGGCUGGUGAACACCGCCUCAAAGAAAGAAACGGGCAACAAAGAGGUUGUGUUGUUGCUAUUUUGUAUAAAAGAAUCAAGAAAUGUAUUUAUUUGUUGUAUGUGUUUGUCGUAUUCCUUUUUCUACAAUCCUUAAAUAUUAAUUAUCAAGAGAAAGAAAUGUGAGAAAGAGGUUUGCACUAUAAUUCAUUUUCUAAAUAGCUUCCAUUUUUGCCACAGGAUAUUUUGUUUGAUUUAAAAUUUAAAGGUGUAAUGUGCAAGACUUGCUCCACCUCCAUAGGGCGCAGCAUUUCACCUCUUUGCCCCUGUCCAGUUAAACAUGUUGUUUUCCUAAUGUUCCUUAUAAUUUAUUAUUUAUAUUUGCAUUUAUUGUUGAUAGUUAAAAUUGUUCAUAGCACUGAAACAAAUUAUGUAAUACAAACAGUAUGUUUUUAUUUACCUAUAAACAUAUGAAGGCAAGGGGAUACUGCAUGACACAUGAGUGUCAGGCUACAGCAGCAUGAGGAAGGGAUGAUGACAUCAUCACAAUAAGGUUUGUUGCCAGGUAGUUCUUUACUUACAAAGUAUUUGGCUUGGUGUUUGGUGCAGUAUCCAAUUAACACGUUUAUAGGAAAUAACAAUAAAAAGAUAAAAUACUGCAACAGUCAAAAAGAUAAAUAUAGAUAGAUACACAUGUUAAAAAAAUGAAAAAAAAUGUGUACAAAAGUUGACAAAACCUCUGCUGAGCAUGAUGUGCAAAAGAUCACAGUAAAGACAAUAUCUGUUCUAUGCAGAGAUAAUGA